AUGUCUAGAUUCGUCCUUCUUCACAUUUUCCAUUUGCUUCUUAUUUCUUUGGCUUCCGGGCUUCCCUGCAUCGAGUCUGAUCAGGCCAUUUGUCAUUUUAGAUUUUUCUUUCUUCUCCUCUUCUACCAUUUUUCUUCUUUCAUGUUAAUUCCUACUUUUAUUUUCUUAACUAGCGCCAUUUCUUUAUUCCUUCUUGCUUUUUCCAUUCGUUUCCAUUUUUUUGCUUUUUACACCUUUACUUUAUGUUAUCUCUUUUAUUUUCUUCUUGAUUUUUCUUUCUUUCUUUCUUUCUUUCUUUCUUUCUUUCUUUCUUUAUAUAUUCUUUUAUUCCUUCAGAUUCUCCUGUUCUUUCUUUCUUUCUUUCUUUCUUUCUUUAUUCCUUCAGAUUCGUUAUUUCUUUUUCCUUCUUUGUUUUUAAGUUCUAUCUUUAGUCCUGUUCUUUCUUUCUUUCUUUCUUUCUUUAUUCCUUCAGAUUCGUUAUUUCUUUUCCUUCUUUGUUUUGUAAGUUCUAUCUUUAGUCCUGUUCUUUCUUUCUUUCUUUCUUUCUUUCUUUAUUCCUUCAGAUUCGUUAUUUCUUUUCCUUCUUAUUUUGUAAGUUCUAUCAUUAGUCCUCUUUCUUUCUUUCUUUCUUUCUUUCUUUCUUUCUAUUGUUUUCCUUUUCUUCCGUGUUUCCUUUUUUUAAUUAUUUCUUUCUUUCGUUACACUUAUCCUAUCGUAUUUUCUUUCGUUUUUUGGGUUAUGCUCUUUUUUUCCUAUUGUUUUUUCUUCUUUUUUUAUUUCCUUCUUUCCCCCGCCUUUCUUUCUGACUUUUUUCCCUUUCUUACAUUAGAUUUGUUUCUUCUUUAUUUUUUUCUUUCUUUUUCGUUAGACUUUUUCUUUCUUUCUCUCUUUCUUUCUCUCUCUCUCUCUCUCUUUAUUUUGUAUUGUUCUUUCUUUUUCUACUUAUUUACUUACUUUAUCUCUUUCUUCUCUAUGUUCUUCAUCUUGAAUCAUCAGAAAUCCUCUACUUUUAUCCUGCUUAAUAUCUAUCUAUCUAUCUAUCUAUGUCAGUUUGUUCAUAUCUAUCUAUCUAUAUCAGUUUGUUCAUAUCUAUCUAUCUAUCUAUCUAUCUAUCUAUCUAUCUAUUUAUUCUAUCUAUCAAUGGAUCUUAAAAAUAUAAGCGUCCAUGUUCGGGCCCCAGCCAUAUUCGGGCAACGCUUUUUUGCUCUUUCAUCUGUUUGUCCGUCUCCGUCUCUAUCCCACUCUGUUCAUCUCUCUCUCUCUCUCUCUCUCUCUCUAUCUAUCUAUCUAUCUAUCUAUCUAUCUAAAUCUGUUUUCUAUCUAUCUAUCUAUCUAUCUAAAUCUUUUUUCUUUCUAUCUAUCUAUCUAUCUAUCUAUCUAUCUAAAUCCUCCAUUAUUUCAAUGUUCUAA